GGCGCCAAGAACGGAACCAGCCACCCCACGCAGGAACAACACACGCGAGUCGCCAGGCUGCCACGCCAGCAGCGCAGCACUUUGCUCUGGUUUGAGGCAACAAUGAAAGACGGCUUCGACUGACUCGACGCCGCCCGCCGUAAAUCACUCGAGGAGUCACGGAGUCACGCACAACGCCGGAUCGAGUUCUCCGUGUCUCCAGAGCCAUGACAGCCACGGAAACCACGGCAACCACGACAGCCGCCAGCAUCACGGCUGUCGCAAAGGCAGACACCCUGACGGCCGCGCCCGUGUCCGCAGCCUGCUGCCCCAAUUGCGGCUUCAGCCUGGACCAGUCGUCCUUCGAAGAGACGCAGACCGCCCUACUCAACGCGCAGAAGCAGAUCGCCGAUCUCGAAGCCCAGGUGCGCCUCCUCAACCAAAAAGCCACGGCCGCCGUCGACCGCUGGGCCGACUACGAAGACGAGCUCGCCAAGCUGCGCGCCCAGCUCGAGUCCCGACCGCAAACACCGACACCAUCACCGCUCCAACAACAAUCCACAACGGCAAAGCAGCAACACCCGGCCUCUCUCCCCACCCCGCCCAGCUCAGCAGCCGGCCUCCCGACACCGUCCCCCUCGCGCGCCUCCUUCCUCACCACCAGCGCCGCCUCGCGCAUCUCCGCCCUCCUCUCGCGCAAAUCCCCACCCGCGGUGCCGCCGACCCUCAAACCGCUCCCGAGCGCGCUCAGCCCGAUCCCCUCCGCCCCUUCCUCCGCCUCGUAUAGCACCACCACCACCACCCCGGGCGGCACCAGCACGACACCAACCACUGCGAACCCCCCACCCACCACGACCACCAGUAACAACGACGGCAGGCCCCUCUCCCCGCCGCGCUCCCUCGCCGGCUCCGCGCAGCUGACAGCAGAGGACCUGCUGGCGGCGCUGGCGCGGGAGCAGACGCUGCGGCAGGAGGCGGAGGGGCGGCUGAGCGCGACGAGCCGGGAGGUGGAGGAGCUGAGCGCGAGCCUGUUCGAGCAGGCCAACGAGAUGGUGGCGGCGGAGCGGCGGGCGCGGGCGCGGCUGGAGGCGCGGGUGGGCGAGCUCGAGCGGCGCGAGCGCGACAAGCGCCGCCGGCUCGAGAGGCUGGAGCGCGCGGUCGGGCGGAUCGAGCGCGUCCGCGGGGUUUUGGCCGCUGAGGGGUGAUAUAUACAUAUAUACAUAUAUGUGUAUAUUUACGUGGGUUUAUCGGCUUUUUUUGGGGAGGAAGAGGAACCUG